AUGCCGGCCAGCCUCCUCCGGCUGCACUUCCACGACUGCUUCGUCAACGGGUGUGACGGGUCGGUGUUGCUGGAGGCGAGCGACGGGCAGGCGGAGAAGAACGCGAGCCCGAACCUGAGCCUGCGAGGGUUCGAGGUGGUCGACAGGAUCAAGGCGAGGCUGGAGGCGACGUGCAGGCAGACGGUGUCGUGCGCCGACAUCCUCGCCUACGCCGCCAGGGACAGCGUCAGGGUCAUGACUGGCGGCUACGAGUACGCGGUGCCCGGCGGGCGGCCGGACGGCACGGUGUCGCGGGCGAGCAUGACCGGCGACCUCCCGCCCCCGAGGCAGCGGAACGUGGACCUGCUCGCGCAGUACUUCGCGAGGAAGGGCCUGUCCAUGGACGACAUGGUGGUGCUCUCCGGCGCGCACACGCUCGGCGUGGCCAAGUGCGGCACGUUCGCGUACAGGCUGACGAGCGACGGCGACAAGUGCAUGAGCGCGGCGUUCCGGAACGACCUGAGGCGGCAGUGCAACUACAAAUCCGACGCCGUCGUCGCCCUCGACGCCGGCAGCCCGUACGGGUUCGACACCAGCUACUACGGCAACGUGCUCGCCAACUGCACCGUGCUCGAGUCUGACGCCGCGCUGAACUCGCCCAAGACCCUGCAGCUGGUCACCCAGCUCAGGGACAGCAAGGCGCUGUUCAUCAACCGCUUCGCCACCGCCAUGGUCAGGAUGGGCAACCUCCGCGGCGGCAACCCCGGCAAGGUCCGCGACAACUGCAGGCGGGUCAGGACGUGA